AUAAGUUUAUUUAUUUUGUGCAACUUAUCUUCUUUUACCCCUUCACUACUGAAUCCACGAUCAGAAUUCAUCUUGCGAUCAGCUAUGAUCGUGUGACACUUCUCUCUCCUCCUCAAAAUUCUACUAUUGCGCAUGAUAAUAUGGCUACGAAUUUAUUUAUGCUCAAGAAUAGCAAGAAUAAGUGAUAUUAUUGAUGCUAGUGAUGUAAAGAAUUGAACACUAUCAUGACUAUCUCAUGAGAUUUGGCGACACUCGGACCAAGCUUCAUGGCGAAUAGCAUCAUGAUGAAUAAUCAAUAUGGGAAGUACCAGCCGGGCUACCACAGAAAAUACCCCAGGAUGUGUAUCACAUUCACCCGAAUAAUGUGAAUAAUUAACCAUUACCUUUACUAUUUUAUGAGAUGUUGGUGGAUAUUCAGAAAAAACAGACAAAACUUUAACGUGUGCUAUCCAGAGCAAAUGAUGAUGCUAAGAAGGACAAUUCGUCAGGGCUCUACAGACCGGUCACUCGGUUCAAUAAAAAUUCACUUGAUAAAAUUUUUCCACCGAUGGAGUACAGUAAACAACUACAUCCACAAUGGAAUGUAGAUAUACAUUAUGCCCUUGAUUUUUCAAAAUGGUGGUGUAAAGCAUUAGGGAUUUGGCCGUGGCGGAAUAACGAUGUUUCAUGUAUCAUGCAAGCUAGUAGUAUUGUUCUGAUUGUGAUCACUGCCGCUGCUGUUUCAUCAAUCCAGCUACUAACAAAGGGUAACUGUGGAGUAAUAACCGAUUUACUGGAUAGCCUAGCCAGUAUCAUAGUAUUUAGCGGGACAGCGAUCAAAAUUCUUUCUCUUUUGUUUCACCAGCAACACAUGCGUUACAUUAUUUCAUCGAUAAUCGACGAUUGGUGGAAUAAUAGUGGAACAAAAUCACGGAAAAUUAUGCGCCGGUAUACAUAUUGGGGACGUGCAGCUUUUAUAUUACAAAUUGCUGGAACAUUUGCUGGAAUGGUAUUGACAACGUGGACUGAUCCACCAACUUUAAAAACCGAGAUGUUCGAAAAUGAUAGUUCAGUAAUAAGACACUUAUUAUUGGCGCCUUCGUGUUGGAUUCCAAUUACUAUGCCCCUCAACAUUUAUUUGCUUUAUUACAACGUCAUUUUCAUCGCUAUGAUCUGUUCAGCAUUGACAUAUGCAGGGUGUGAUGCAUUCAUGUUCAAUGCUGCUUUACAUAUCUGUGGUCAGUUCGAGAUACUCGAGGCUAACAUCGCAAGUUUCAGUGAUGAAGAUGACUAUUCAAUGCAGAAGUAUAAAAUAAGAAAAUUCUCCAAACGACAUGAUGAGUUGAUUCAGCUGGGGAAACAUAUGGAUACCUUAAUUAAUGUUGUCAUCUUCUCCGAGCUUGUGAGCAAUAGUAUCCUCAUCUGCGCUUCAGGAAUUGUUGUUAUGGAACACAUUAAGGCGGGUAAUGUGAACCGUGUUGUAUUCAGCUGGAUAGCGAGAAUAUACGUUUGGCACAUGGAAUUCUUCAUGUAUUGUUAUGUCGGUGAAAAACUAUCAAGCCAUGCCGACAAGCUGCGGAGCACUUUGUUCAAUUGUCCCUGGUACACUAUGUCAACUCAUAUUGCUAAAGAUAUAAAAUUUAUGAUGAUGCGCAAUAAUUAUUUCUGUCAUUUGACGGCCGGUGAAUUUUUAAUGAUGAAUUAUGAAAGUUUUGCAAAAAUCACAAAGGCUAUGUUUUCUUUAUUUUCCGUUCUCCGAUUUAUGCUUCAGUGA